UCCACAUUGUUUAAUAUGUGUGUGGUUCGGGUGCGUCGCUCGCACUGCGAUAAAAAAAAUAACAUGAAUAAAGUAAAGGUACGAUUCACUUUAACGAGCCAAUCAGCAUCGGCGAUUCUCUAUUCACUUCUCACACAAAGUCUAAUGCAUCAACACAUGCUCGCUUAUUAAGGCUAAGAUACUAAGUAUGUUCUCAUUUGCUUUGUCUUGUAACUCAUGCUCACUUAGGUCUACAUUGUCUGUGUUUUGACACUGAAUUGCAAAGGGCAACGGCAGUAAACCUCGAGUGCACUAGAAAUGGGAGCCUUGUAUCUGAUUCUGAUUUGCUGCUUGUCGGGCCAUAUCGUGCUUUUUCGUGCAGUAGCUUUAGGCAGCAGAAUCCUUUACGUGUCUGCAGGAGGUAUUGGUAGUCAUUACCCAGCGGGCGUUGCGAUUAGUAAGUCGUUGGUUCGAAGAGGGCAUCACGUGACUGUCUGCAUCAGUCAGGAAUCAUACGACAGCGUUAAGGAUGGCCGAGAUUUCCCGCCAAAUGUGGAAACCAUAACCUUCCGGGCAUCUUUUCCACUGGAAACAACGUUCCGCACCAUUGACAAAUAUGUUCGAAGUGCCCUUCGCAGCUGUGCUCCCAAUGACGUCAUUGAUGAACUACCUCCACAGGAUUAUCCAGGUCAGGAUGAUCACACAAUUUUCGAUCUCAGCGCAAGUUUCUGCGACGAUAUCCUGAAAAAUACCGAACUUAUCGCAAAAUUGAGCGCCUCAAGAUUCGACAUGAUUGUAGGGGAUACUACUUUUCUUUGCUACGCUCUGUUAAGCCAAAAACUCUCCGUUCCCUUUAUCCACUUUGGCUUGACGCCGAUGGCACCCUCGCAGCAUGAUAUCUUCGCUGGUAACCCAGUCAGUCCCGCCUACGUUCCCGAACGCGCCAGCGAACUUACCGAUCAGCUGACUUUCCGCCAGCGAUUCAAAAAUACACUGAUGUACCAUCUGGUGAGAUACUUCUACAACAAACUCGUUCUACAAACCUUUGAACUAGUUCAACAGAGGCACCGUUUGAGGCCGGAUGUCACGUUCCAGCAACUCAUUCCGGAAGCCGAAAUGUGGAUUUUUAGCUCCAACUUUCUCGUUGAUUUCGCUCGACCUUUACCACCACACGUCAGGUUUGUAGGGGGAGUACUGACCGGUCCACCGAGUCAACUCAUUGAGGAACUAGAUGUAUUUGCCAACAGCUCCGGUGAAGCUGGUCUGGUCGUCGUUACCAUGGGAACCCUCAUUACCUCUCAACUUACGGAGCAACAGUCCCAAGCCAUGGCAACCAGCCUGUCUCUCCUGCCGCAAAAAGUGGUCUGGGCCUUCUCCGGUAGGGCGCCCUCUGCCGUCGGAAACAACACACUCAUAGUGGCGAGGAUACCCCAAAAUGACCUGUUAGCCCAUCCCAAAGUGCGAGCGUUCGUAUCACACGGUGGGCUGAACAGCCUUCACGAGAGCGUCUACCACGGAGUGCCGGUGGUCUGCGUGCCCGUGUUCGGCGACCAGGGGGACAACUGCGUCCGGCUCCGGACGAGGGGGAUGGCGGUCAAGGUGGACAUCAAGAACCUCAUGGACACAACCCUCUACGAGGCCAUCACCGAAAUCAUACAAAAUCAAAGGUACAAAGACACGGCAGUGAUCAUGUCACAGAUAGCGAAGGAUCGAGUCAGUGGAAUGUCCCCCGUUGACGAGACCGCCUACUGGAUUGAAUACGCGAUCAAACAUGGCACCCAGCAUCUCAAACCACGUGCCCUCCAGCUCUCAUUUAUCGAGUAUUUCAUGUUGGACGUCCUAGCCAUCAAUGUUGUGAUAGUCAUAGCGAUCAUAGUUGGCAUCAAGUACACGUGCUGUUCGAGAAAAGUCGAAGUGGCUGGUCAAUAAUGGUUUCCACUUUUUGGGAGUUGGGAAAUAAAAAAUGUACCAAUAUUUUAUUAUGUUAGUGGAUACGUACAAAAUUAAUUAAGUUCAUUGGAAGCUUCGUCUAAUAGAUUCCAAUAGAAUUGUUGAUGUAGGCCUAAUUAAUUAAUAUUUACCUGUAAUGCUUGGACCUUACCCGAUACAAUUUAUUUUGCUUCAUACUCAGUAAUAUGUUCCCUUAAACACUAUUUUUAUACUACACAACGAAUACCCGUAGCAUCAAAAGCGGACACCGCCAAUUUUUGUUAAGUUGAUUUUAUUGGAAUACCUUGGUUUUCUACAAUGAAUUGACUAUGUACAAAAUAACAGACAGCCUUUGCUUUAAAUUCAUAUUGACUUUUUAAAGAAAUCGAUUUUUUUGCAUAAUUUCUGUUAUACAUAGAAAUAACAAGAUUGAGUGCGAGUGUUCCACGAAAAGUGGACGAAAUGGAUCCAUCGCACUGUUUUAAAUAGUUUACACAAUAUAUAAAUAAUGAUAAACUUGAUAACUGCUCGCUGAGCGCGAAAACGGAUAUGUCUACAUGCUUAGUACCAAAAAAAAAAUAAGAAGUUGCUUCGGUAUGCCGGCUACAGUAAAUGCAUAGUACAGUAUGUAUGUCAUUACAAAGACAAGAUCGACUGUGUCAUUGAUAGCAGGAACUGCCCUCUUGAGUUCUCGUAUAUUUAAGCGCGCAUCCCACCGCUGACACCAAUGUUAACAACACUUAUACGUUUUCUAAUGUGAUGUAUCAGGAAGACACAACUUGGCCUAUCCAGUUGAAAGUGUUUAUGACUGCUGAGCUAUUUCACCACCGUAGCGCAGACUAAGGCCAAAUUUGGUAUUAUUCAUCACUGAUAAGACGAAUUGAAACUCUGCAAAACGAUAAGUAGGUAUAUUACAAUACAGGGUGUGUUGUGUUAUCUUGUGUAGCAAAUUGUAUUAACUUCAAGAUUUCAAUACAAACUCAGUCUGUCGAGUUUCUAGAAAGACGAUCCCGGUCCUGUAAUUCUCACAAUAAUAACAUUGCGUUCACAAUGGUCAAUUGAAAGAUUUGUCUGCUUUAAAAAAAACAGCAUUCAAAUAAAUAUUAAAUAAACCUAUUGUGUACAUAAAUGUGAAUAAAGACAUAGCUAGCUAAAAGACAGAGGACGUACAAACUACACUACAUAUAAAAAAGCUUAUUGCUGUACAUUUCUUGGACAGUGAAAAUUGCUUAUGUUUACAACAAUUUAAAGUGAUACACGUAGUCAACCUUUUUUUUAAUCACUCGAAAUGUUAAGUCUGCACUAUGCACAUUUAAAAAUCCUUAAAAUCAAAUCAUUCUUUUAACUGAUUAGUGGCCAUGUAGUGCUCAAUUAAAAUGCACCAAACUACAGAAUAGAAAAAAAA